GUAAAGUGUCGUUAUGGGUGGAAAGGGAUGUUAAAAGAGAAAUAGAUUAGACUGACAAGUGACAUGGGUCUCCUACGAGGCCAAAUGAUGCUCAUGAGAAGGGUCGGCUGCUGUUCGUACAAGCAUCGAGGAAAGACACGGACGUAGUAUCAAAGCCAAAGGAUGGAUCAUUGGAGACUUCUGGUCGUCUCUGGAGUGGAGCAGUUGGAAUUCAUUUGAAACGUUAUGUGAAACUCUUACAUACAGCAAGGAAAAGAUGCAGAGUACCCUUUCGGGGGUCCGCCCCAUCCGGUCCCCCCCCCCAUCAAAAUGACUUUGCUGGCCCGGCACAGCAUUAUGUAACUCGAGCUUUGAAGUGAAUUCUCUCUUCCCGUUCAGAGCGGAGUUAUGUACACGUACCAUGCAGACGACGAGUUUCGCACACGGGCGCGGCCUGUGACGUGUUAUCGGAAACACUGCGUGAACUACAUGUACGUGUAGUAAGUUAAAGGUUUGUAGUUUGGCUGUUAUGUGUGCGUAGAAUUAGAAUUUACAGUCGAAGAUGUGCGUUUUCACUGCGCCUGUUUAUGUAGGAGUGAAAAGUGAGGAGCCUAGUACGGCCAUAACGAACUAAAAGCAUACAUGGACGGAAAGGCGUUCAUUCAAAGUGCGUUCUCCUUAAUCCCAAGAGAAAACACUCUAUUGUGUGCUAUGGAUCAGGCUAAGAGCUCGCUGGACCUUCAGCUUGUAUACCUGCGUCUAUUGUUCGUGGAACAACAGGCGCUUUUUAUUGGUCGGUGCAGCGAGGGCGGAGCAACUCCGUCAGUGCUGCUGGUGUCGAGCUCUUACGGUGGUGCAUCAUCACCGACCAAAUAGUUUCAACAGAAAACGUCACGACCACACCACUCAGUGUGUCGAGACAAGGUUGAUCUCUAGAACUACUGGCAAGUCAGCGGAUUUUUCCACGAGAAAAAGGCUCUAGAGACUGCUUCAUAUACUACAACAAUCAUCAUGACAAAUUCUGCGGAUUUCCGCCAGUGGGGCAAAGAGAUGGUGGAUUAUAUUGCAGAUUAUCUGGACAAUAUUGCCGAUCGUCCACCGCUCUCUCAAGUUGAACCGGGGUACCUGCGAAAGCUGAUACCUGAGGAAGCCCCACACUAUCCUGACAAAUGGCAAGAUGUCUUCGCAGAUAUCGAACGGAUCAUUAUGCCAGGAGUAACACACUGGCAUUCUCCACAUUUCCAUUCCUACUUCCCUACUGGUAAUUCGUACGCUGCUAUCCUUGGCGACAUGUUGUCUGAUGCCAUAGGAUGUAUUGGAUUCAGCUGGAUCAGCAGUCCAGCAUGUACUGAGCUCGAGAUGGUAACUUUAGACUGGCUGGGAAAGAUGCUUCGUCUUCCUGAUUCAUUUCUCUCAUGCACUGAGGGAGGUCAAGGUGGCGGAGUUAUUCAGGGAACAGCCAGUGAAAGCACCGUCAUGGCUCUCCUAUCUGCAAAGAUGAGAUCAAUCCGUCAAUAUAAAGCUUUGCAACCGGAGAGAGACCAGUACGAGAUUAUGUCCAAACUUGUGGCUUACACAUCGGAAUAUGCCCAUUCGUCUGUAGAAAGAGCCUCUUUAAUCAGUUCUGUCAAGAUGAGAAUGCUACCUUGUGAUGACAAGUAUGCGUUACGUGGAGAAACUCUGGCCAAAGCUAUCCAAGAGGACAAGGCUGAAGGGCUCAUUCCAGCAUUUGUUUGUGCCACAAUUGGUACUACACCUUCAUGCGCCUUUGAUAAUCUUGAAGAAAUUGGACCAAUAUGUGAGGCUGAGAAGGUUUGGUUGCAUGUUGAUGCCGCAUAUGCAGGGACUGCAUUAAUCUGUCCAGAGUUUAGAUCACUUGCGAAUGGGAUAGAGCUUGCAGAUUCUUUCAACUUUAACCCGCACAAAUGGAUGCGCGUGAACUUUGAUUGUUCAGCCAUGUGGGUCCGAAACCAGACAGACCUAGUGGGUGCCUUCCAAGUUGAUCCAACCUAUCUCAAGCACGAGCACGAGGGAAAAGUCGUCGAUUAUAGACACUGGCACAUACCGCUGGGAAGACGCUUUCGAUCUCUCAAGUUGUGGUUUGUUCUUCGUCUUUUCGGUGUGUCUCAGCUUCAGGAACAUAUUAGAAAGCAAGUUAACUUGGCUCAUGAGUUUGAAGCUUUAGUGCGGAAAGAUGCAAGAUUUGAAAUAGUAGCUGAUGUCGUACUUGGCCUCGUGUGUUUCCGUCUCAAGGGCACAGAUGUUGAGAACGAGGAACUUCUACGGCGGGUUACUAAGACAGGUAAAGUGUUCCUAGUUGGGAGUCAUCUCAAUAAGCAAUUUGUCAUUCGCUUCGCCGUGUGUGCACCCCAGACCACAUCUGAGGAUAUUCACUAUGCCUGGAAUGCCAUCACUGAAGAGACAAACUCUCCUCUUUUAAAUGGGAUCACAAAUGUGAGCAACGGAAAAUAAUCUUUGAAUGAGACCCUGGCCUACACGAUUUCUUGCAUCAUAUUGAGCAUAUCUUAGCACAAAACAACAGCGAAUCAUGAAGUGGGUGAUUUGAGGUAUAAGGACCAGAUUUCCCGUAGGUCCUAUCCGACAGGAUAGUUUUGCGUUCUCUCUUUUGUUGCUCGUUAUUUAACGAAAUUAGUGUCUCAGCCCUGACAAAAAAAUAGUUCGGUUAGAAGGAAUUCGUGAAGUCUUUGAAAUCCUAAAUUUUGGAGAUCAUUCAAAAGAACCAAUGUUUUUAAAUUUGGGCCUUUCUCCGGAAUUUUUGACGCACCAACAGGUCAGAUUUUUUUUUACGAAACGGACUUGCUUUUCACCACAAUUCAAUGUAAUGACACGCAUUAUGCCUUUAUGCACAUUUGCCCAAACUGACUUUUUGAUCUGAGGAACGUUAGUUUAAGACCAGCCAAGCACAUAUUUAUUCCAUUCAAAUUGAUUCAUUAUGCUUCAACCGAUACGUUUUAAUGCUGAAAAACCCAAAUCAUCAGCUUCUGUAGUAAUUACAGACUUCAAAAAGGCAUUUGAUAGAAAUACACUGUUUCUAUAACUAAAUUAAUCGAUCUACGAGUGAGAACUGCGAUCGUUUCGUGGAUUUGUAAUUUUCUCUUGUAUCGCCAACAAUGUGUAAGAUUCCACUCUACUUGCUCUGACUGGUUAACACUUUCAAUGCUGGAGUUCCUCAGGGCACGAAACUCGGACCUGUUAUUUUUUGUCAAUGAUUAACGAUUCUAUCCCUCCUGAUCGACUACGUGAAGUUUAUUUUACAUGUAAAUGUUUUUCGCUAAUAAUUAAGUACAUGUGCUUAUAAUGGCUUUAAAGCAUUUUAGGUAAUGUGUAUUGUGGAGUAUUGAAAUGUUUUUGCGUUUGUGUUUAUAAUUGAGAUAUAUGUUAUAUCUUAUUUUCGAUCUAAUUCAGUGUAUAAAUGUCUUUUCCAUUCGUUCCUUCAUGCAAAUCAAAACGACCCAUAAAUUUUCUUUUAAAUGUACAUGUAUUUUCAAUGGUCCUAAAGCAUUUUGGACAUAAUGGAGUAUUGAAAUGUUUUGUGCAUGUGUUUGUAAUGAGAUGUGUCUGAUUUGUGAUGUAAUUCAGUGUAUGAAUGUCCAUUAUAGUAGGUUGCCUUAAUUUUUUAAGCAGGCUUUAUAGAGCUGCUGCGCCAGUGUGUAUCUGAAGAAAAGUUAAGCACCAUUACGUGAAAGAAUAAAAAUAUUUAAAACAUCCUAAUGCCUCUUGAAGGAACAAACGAAUGUAUUGGUAGCUGAUAAUCUCGGUGUUGUGUAAAUGUUGACUUGUUUGUAUUAUGUGUUGUGAAAUCUAAGUCAUCCAGAUGUCUUUCGGAAAGAAUAAUACAUGCAGAGGCGUUUAGUGUAAUUUAAAAGAACUCAACUAAGACUUGAAUGCACAUUGGAAUAGAGUGAUCUGCUAGACAAGACAUUGCAACAUUUAAUUGUGCUGAAACAGUCGCUGUUGUUCCAACACGGGCUGACGUAAGUGGAACGAUUACUGUCGAAGUCCUUUUACAAAGUGCAUAUUUUUGUAAUCAAAACUUCUUAUUAUCAGAAUAUAAACAUAUUUGUUGUUUUAGAAAAUUAUGAAAUUAAUCAUUUUAAAGUUACAAAAUAAAAUAACGAAACAGCAUUAUAAGUCA